AUGAGACGUAUCAUUGGCAGGUGCAUGCCGAAGCCGUCUGUAACGCUUCCGGCAUCGUCUUUACUGACGCAGUCAGGACUGGGCUCUUUGAUUGUCGCAAAUAUCGCCAUUCCUUUCCACAGAGAAUCCACGCUGUGCAUCACAGUUCGGUGCUCAUCUUCCACUGCAGCCGACGCUACGAGUGUGAAGAAAACGAAACGAGGGCGAAGGAAACCCACAACGAGUGAAGUUAAGUUUGCUGCUGCCGCUACUGCUACUGCUGCUGCUUCAACCAGGGGAAAGCGGGUGACGAGCAGAAAAGCCACCGAAAAUAAGCGCGCUGAGAGUGCCAUGGAGGGAGAGGAGGAAGAUGAACUCAGUCGUAGUGCUGUGUUUGAUGCGGGGGUCGACGAGGCCAUGGAUGGAGGCCAAUUCAUCUGGGAGGAGGAAGAGCAAUGCAGAAUGCAGGAGUUUGAUAAACGUGAGGUGGCAGAGGAGGGGUUAAAUUCCUUCCGUCAUCGCCGGCCUCGUUCUCGUCAAUCAUCAGCUCGAACGGUGGCCAACGAUAAUUUGUUGGACGAAGAAGACGAGGCCGGUGACGAAGAAAGAGGAGCCUCUGCCGGCACCUCCGCUGUCGAGGGUUCUUCGCCGACAUUGGAGGAGGAAGGUCGACUUUUGGAGGAUCGCUUUCCAGAUUUGGCGGCAGAGUACGACACGGAUCUCAACCAUGUCCCAUUGGCUGAGGUUGUCGUUGAUAGCGCUCAGGUGGCAUCAUGGAAAUGUGUGGAGUGUGGAUUUAAGUGGGAAAGUGGUGUUUUUGUGCGUACCUGUCUUCGAACAAAGUGUCCACAGUGCGAGAAGGAACGUAAUCCACGUUUGGGCGGCCGCUUUGUUCAACUUUGGGAUCACUCCCUCAAUGACCCGUGCAUUGAUCCAAAAGCGGUGGCAGCGAGCAGCAACAAAACAGCGUUUUGGCAUUGUCCAAGCUGUGGUAACAGCUACCAGGCACGAAUAAAAGACAUGGUGGCGGAAAAGGCGAAUUGCCCAUCGUGCUCCUUGUUGAGCCUUCACGCUGACUUCAGCAAGGAUGAGAAUGGGUUGCUGCAGGAGUGGCACCCUCUGAAAAACGGUGAUCUACAACCAAGCCAGGUGAAGCCAAACGAUCACACCAAGUUGUGGUGGCUUUGUAUGGCCUGCGGGCACGAAUGGGAAGCCACGCUUGCCGCUCGACUCACCCGGACCAGGCGCGCUAAGGGAAAGGAGUGCCCUGUUUGUCAUGGCAGGGGAAAGGAAUGA